AUACAACCUCUCAAAACAACACAGGAGCAUUGACCGGGUUAAGAGGAAUGCAGCAAGCCCAGCUGAUAUCCUGAGGCUGCACAAGCAGCCCAGUGGCCUUUCCAGACAGGCGGUGCGCGCUGCAGACUACAUGGACAAUGCCCUGCACCUAAUUAAGCGCUCCCUCUCCAAACGCCACAGCCGCUCCAUCAACGCCACAGAUCUGAUCUCUGAGGAGGAUCUGGAGGUGAUUGCCAGACUGACGGGCUGCUCUGCACAACUCAGAAGGAUUUCUUGUGAGAGCGUUCCCAAUCUGAACCAGUUUCGUACUGCAAGCAGUGUCUGCAACAAUGUUAACAACACACGUUGGGGUGCUUCUAACAUCCCAUUCCUUCGAUGGCUACCUGCUGAAUAUGAAGAUGAUAUCAGUUCUCCCAAAGGCUGGACCCAUGACCAGAGACUCAACAAUCACAUUCUUCCACUGGUGAAUACAUAGGAGCAUUUUCCUCUGAUUUUCAUCCU